GAUCUGAACUCCUCAACCUCCCCAGGUUUUCAAAUGGGUCAGGGGCUGUGGAGGGUUGCAAGAAACCAACAGUUUCAACACCAAAGGUACAGUGAAGAAGGCUACUAUAUCGGGAAUCAUGGUAGGACAAUGGCUGCCGCUGCUGCUUCGGCAGUAUACCGCAGGCAUGGCCAACUUGGGAUGGACAUCUACCACAUUUUGAGAGUCGGGAGAUCGAGGGAAGCACAUGGGUUCCCAGAUCUGGAACUACUGCCGCCUGAGCUCAGCUUAACUAUUCUGUCAUACCUGAAUGCAACUGAUCUCUGCCUGGCUUCAUGUGUCUGGCAGGACUUGGCUAAUGAUGACGUCCUCUGGCAAGGAUUGUGCAAGUCCACCUGGGGUCACUGUUCCAUAUAUUACAAAGAACAUGCUUCAAGUUUCAAUUAUAGGAGACUCUAUAUGCAGCUGGAUGAAGGCAGCCUUACGUUUAAUGCUAAUCCUUAUGAGGGAAUAGGCUACUUAUUACGAAAGGGUAUACUGGACAAUGCUCCAAAGGAAAUCGGAAAAUUUAUUUUCUACACAAGAACACUAAAUUGGAAGAAGCUUCGAGUUUAUUUAGACGACAGGAGGGAUGUGUUAGAUGAACUGGUGACUCUCCACAACUUCAGCAAUCAAUUCCUGCCCAAUGCACUGAGAGAGUUCUUUCGGCACAUUCAUGCUCCUGAAGAACGUGGAGAGUAUCUGGAGACACUUAUCACAAAAUUCUCAAACAGAUUUUGUACAUGUAACCCGCUUGUGACCAGAAACCUCGGCCUCAGCCCAGAUGCUGUUUAUGUUCUUUGCUAUUCUUUGAUUCUGCUUUCCAUUGACUUGAAUAGUCCACACGUAAAGAAUAAAAUGUCCAAGAGGGAGUUCAUCCGAAACACCCGCCGUGCUGCCCAGAACAUUAAUGAGGAUUUUGUAGGACAUCUAUAUGACAACAUCUACCUUGUUGGCCAUGUGGCUGCUUAAAACACAAUAACACUUAGCGAACAUAAGAUCAACAACAUGAUGUUACAUGAUGAAGUACAAUAACCUAUGUAGACAUGAGGAUUAUGCUAGUGCUGGUCAUUGUAACCUCUGUGUACAAUCCGAUCAUUUGUGUUCCUUUGUUUAGUUGCAUCUUGCCAUUGUUAACUCUGGUAACUGAUGACUUGUUUGCAUUUUUAUAUU